UAGGUCACGAUACGCUUAAGUUUCAUUUUAUUACUAAACAAAAAACACAGAAACAAGAAAGGUAAAUAGGUUUUCAUAGUAUUAAUAAUUUUUUCUGAAAUGUAGUUUUAAAUAUCCUAAAAUUUCUAGGAAAAUCGAUUGAUUAAUCAGGGACUUUAUUGUUUUCGUUACUGCGCAAAUCCUUUUCGCAACAAAGCAAACAUGGUAGAAAAGGUUUUUCGCCCAGAUGAGAUGUGACGGACUUGUCAAAAACGGUGGGUGUAACAAAAAUUCUAUAAGGAAAAACAGUGUUAAGCCAUGUAUUUCGAUGCUAUUUCCGAUCGUGUGUUAAUCAUAAAAUAAUUGAUCUACCGCAAAAACGCUAAUAUGUGCAAAUUAGAUUCGAUACUAAAAGUAGGUUCAUAAAAGUGAAAAUAUAAAUAUGAAUUUGGAAGAUUCCGGGGGUAGCCUCGGCUUGGGGGGCGAAACGGUCUAUGGAACACACGAAGAUUCUCAUGUCGUCAUGUCGGAAAAAGUGCAAUCCCUGGCUGGCAGUAUUUACCAAGAAUUCGAACGAAUGAUAGCAAGGUAUGAUGAGGAUGUUGUAAAAACCCUAAUGCCUUUACUCGUGAACGUGUUGGAAUGCCUGGACGCUGCCUAUCAACAGAAUCAGGAGCAGGACGUCGAGUUAGAAUUGUUAAGGGAAGAUAACGAGCAACUGGUUACUCAAUAUGAAAGGGAGAAAGGUGCCCGGAAGACAGCCGAACAGAAAUUGCUGGAAUAUGAAGACGCAGCAGAAGGCGAGAGAAAGGAGCUCGCCGCUCGGUUGGAGGCACUCGAAAGCAUCGUACGCAUGUUGGAACUCAAACAUAAGAACUCCAUGGACCACGCCGGUAGGCUGGAGGAGCGGGAGGCGGAACUCAAGAAGGAGUACGCCAAGCUGCACGAGCGCUACACCGAACUGUUCAAGACCCACGUAGAUUAUAUGGAGAGGACCAAGCUGUUGCAUUCCGGCCAGCAGCUGGCCAACGAGAGGGCCGAGGCGGGACGGUUGAAUUCAAACAGGAUAAAUAUGGGGCGCAGCUCGGGGCCCAUCUCUUUCGGGUUCGCCUCCUUGGAGAACGCUGAGACUGUCGACAGUGUGCCAUCGUCGCCUAUAAGUAGCACCCACUCUUCUCCGAGUUUCCAUAGUGAACUGGACAAUAGCCCCAAAGAGGGUGUAACCAAAGUUGAAAGGGGACAGGCUACGGAUUCGCUCAGUCUGGAGAAUAAGAGCAUGGUUACGUCACCAGUUAGCCCCCAGGCCCCCACGACUAACAACAGCAGGAUAAAUACCAAGAAGGAGGAAAGGAGUGGUAACACGCUAUAUCAGGAGCUCAGCUAUCACGACGACGGGGACGAAGACGCCAGUGACAUUACAGGAGGAUGGGUUCAUCCCGGAGAAUACGCUUCAUCCGUCAACGAUAACUUUUACGGCAUGGGCAAAGAAGUCGAGAAUCUCAUCAUGGAGAACAACGAGCUUUUGGCCACAAAGAACGCUCUGAAUGUUGUUAAAGAUGACCUGAUUGUGAAGGUGGACGAGCUGACGGGAGAGAUCGACAUGUUGCGGGACGAGAUACUGUCCCUGAACGUUUCCAGGACCAAGCUCAAGGAGAGGAUAAGCGAACUAGAGGAGGAACUGAAAAAGUUGAAGGAGGCGAACGAGGCCAAACAGGAGGCCGACGACGAGUCCGACGUGCCCAUGGCGCAGCGGAAGCGGUUCACCAGGGUCGAGAUGGCCAGGGUGCUUAUGGAGCGCAAUCAAUACAAAGAACGCUUCAUGGAGCUGCAGGAGGCGGUCCGCUGGACGGAGAUGCUGCGCGCGUCCCGCGGCGACACCCCCUUCGAGAAGCACAGCAACAAGAGCAUCUGGCGCUUCUUCAGCAACCUGUUCAGCAGCAACGACAGGGUGCAGCGGCCGCUGGUGGUGCCCCACCUGCGGUACCAGUCGUCCACCAACCAGGUGGCGCCCGGCAUCAAGGCCCUGCCCAGGCUGGGCCACGACCUCAUCGAGACGGAAAUGGGUUCCGACAAGCUGGCCGUGAGAAAGGCGUUGGAGAGACGGGAGCAGUACCGUCAGGUGCGGGCCCACGUCAAGAAGGAGGACGGCAGGUUGCAGGCCUACGGUUGGAGCCUGCCGGGCAAAGUUAACGCCGGUCCGGCGGGAAAACAGAGCAGCGGAGGCGUCCCCGUUCCCGUGCCCGUUUAUUGCAGGCCUCUGGCCGAAACCACGCCCGCCAUGAGGAUCUGGUGCGCCGCCGGGGUCAAUUUGAUGGGAGGCUAUACCAAAGAUGGCGGGUUAAUGGUAGGAGGCAGCGUAUUCUAUUCCGAGGAGCCGAAAAUCCCCUCCCCCAAACGCGCCCAGUCCGAGGUGGAGAGUCUCGAUAAGGAGUUAAACAACGGCAAGGAGGGCGCUCUCCUCGAGACCCGCCUGUCCUCGCUGGUGUGGAUAUGCACCACCACGCACUCGGCCAGUAUCGUUACCGUGAUCGACGCCAACAACCCGGCGGAGCUGCUUAACAGUUUCGGGGUGUGCUCCAAUCACAUCCUCUGCAUCGCCAGCGUACCCGGUGCUAGUCCCAGCGAUUACUUCGAAACAGUUGCCAAAGUCGAGUGUAAUAACGAGGUUAACGUGAGUAAAGACUGUCCCGCUGACAACGUACCAGCCUCCGGCACCCCGCCCGCUUCCCUCAAGUCGAACGAGGAGGCCGCGACUCAGAGCGGCGAAACCGGUGGGUCAGGGCCACCCAGUAGCGUCGCUAGUAGCAAGCAGAGUAUCAGGAACCACGAGGAGCAAGAAGAGGCAGCAGCGCUGGGCAAAGUAACGUUUGUGGAGAAGGACGAGUCGGCGAUAAACAAAAAAGACAAGUACGCAAAAGCCCAGGAGGAAAAUUGUGAUAGUGGCAAAGAAGCUUUAAACGAGACCUGUGAGACUUGUGAUACUACGUUAGAUUCCAUAAAAUCCGAGGAGGAUCGGCCCAAAACCGAAGAUCCCGAUGAAACUAAAGAUAAACAAAGCCCCGCGCAGAAGGAACGAGACGACCAGCCGCGAGAGACCCAGAGCCAGGAAAUCAUGUCCAGCGUGUUGGCGACGAUGUGGAUGGGGGACGAGCACGGCAACAUCUACGUCCAUUCGUCGGUGACGAACUGGGCGCAGUGCCUGCACACCGUAAAGAUGAAGGACGCCGUCAUAGCUAUAGUUCACAUCAACGGGAGGGUGGUAGUGGCGCUGGCGUGCGGCCAGGUGGCCAUCUUCAAGAGAAACUCUGAAGGGGAAUGGGACCUGUCCCAGUACCAUCUGGUGCAGCUGGGUCUACCACAUCAGUCGGUGCGUCAGCUGGCGGUGGUGGGCGAUAAGGUGUGGUGCGGGUACAGGAAUAAGAUCCACGUUCUCCAACCGCACGACUUGCAGGUCAUACACACCCUGGAGGCGCACCCUAGGAGGGAGAGCCCUGUGAGGCAAAUGGCUUGGCUGGGGGAAGGCGUGUGGGUUUCCAUUCGGCUGGAUUCCACUUUGAGGUUAUAUCACGCCCAUACGUAUCAGCACUUGCAAGACGUCGAUAUCGAACCGUACGUUAGUAAAAUGUUAGGCACUGGCAAACUAGGCUUUUCCUUGGUGCGCAUAACCAGCCUCCUCAUCUCCUCGAAUCGCCUGUGGAUCGGCACCAGCAACGGCGUGAUCAUUUCCGUACCGCUCACGGAAGGCGGCGGCACCUCGGGCGCCGUCGUGCCUAGAGGUAGUCUGCCCGGCGCCGGAGUGCGGAUUAUGCCGGUCCCCGGGAGCUACGUCCCCUUCUGCACCAUGGCGCACGCCCAGCUCAGUUUCCACGGGCACAGGGACAACGUAAAGUUCUUCGUGGCCGUCCCAGGGAACGGAGGAAUGAGCGCUGCGUCUACCCCUUCCGAGGCGAUGUCCGCCUCCGUCUCGUCCGUGGGCGGCCAGCUGAAGCAGCCCACGGCGAUGCUGGUGAUCUCGGGCGGGGAGGGCUACGUGGACUUUAGAAUAGGGGGCAGGACUGAUGCUAACGAGUGUCCAUGGUGUCCCCCCUAUCAGGCGCAAGUUGAAGGUGACGAAAUGGAGGAUAGCGUUGUUAGCACAGGCGGGACGGGUUUUCUGGAGUCUGCUCAGGGAAGUCACAGCCAGGUGGGCGAGUUGAGCCAUUUGAUCGUGUGGCAGGUGUCCACCGGUUAAUGUCGUAAAUUUAUACCCAUUUAAAAUGUUUCUUAUUUCAUAGCGGGGACGGCAACUAGAGAAUUGUGCAAAUUUGUGGUGAUAUUUUGAGUUGACUAACAAUCCUAAACCAAACGAGUACUUCGUUCGCCUGGAACAGUUAAAAACACUGAACAAGACAAAGUAGUUAAUAUCAAUAAUUAUUUUUUAUUCAUUUCGACACGUUAAGGGUUGUUGUCAACGUUCAGUGUCUCUAACUGUGAUAAUGGCGCCAUCUAGAUACUUAAUAUUCAACUACAUAUGGGAUUCGAGUCGGUGCACGAUUUCGACAAUUUAAUUUUCAAAUUUCAGAAAUUGGCUUGUUAAAAUUUGCACAGUUCCGCCGACAAAGAAAUACAUAAAUAUAUACAAAAUACUGGUGUAGAACUCUAAAAUUAGCUUUAUACUAGAGAAAAAUUCAAAUUAUAAAAGUGACAAUUUAAACAAUUUACCGUACUAUAGUAAACCUAUUUUACUAUAUCAUUAUUUAUAUACAAGGAGCAUUAUUAUGUAUAGUGUAAUUUUUUUUUGUUGACGAUGUAUAAUAUUCUGUAAAUCCAUUUUAUUUAUGAUAUUUAUUUGUACAUUUUAGGCAAAUGCUUAGCUAAUUUUUAUUGACAUGUACGUAUUGUGCUUAUUUUGAUUGUUUACUAAAUAA